AUGGAGUGCGUGGUUCAAGGAAUCAUAGAAACACAGCAUGUUGAAGCCCUUGAGAUUCUUCUUCAAGGCCUCUGUGGUGUUCACAGGGAACGCUUAAGGAUUCAUGAAUUAUGCCUUAAAAGUGGCCCCAACCUAGGUUCUGAAGCAUCAGAGGUUCGACUUUUAUGUGAUCUUGAGCAGCCUGAGCCCACUUGGACUGUUAGACAUGUGGGGGGUUCAAUGAGGGGUGCAGGUGCUGAUCAAAUAUCAGUUCUUGUGAGGACAAUGGUGGAAAGCAAAGUGAGCAAAAAUGUGCUUCGAUUGUUUUACUUAUUGGGGUAUAAAUUAGAUCAUGAGCUGUUGAGAGUAGGAUUUGCUUUCCAUUUUCAAAGGGGUGCUCAAAUAGCUGUUACAGUUUCAUCUGUUAAUAAGAUGCUAAAAUUACAUGCCACUGAUGAGGCUGUUCCUGUGACACCUGGCAUUCAACUAGUGGAAGUCACCGCACCUGCUUCAGCUGAAAAUUACAGUGAAGUUGCAGCUUCAGUCUCAUCAUUUUGUGAAUAUCUUGCUCCGUUGCUGCAUUUGUCAAAACCUGGUGUUUCAACAGGAGUUGUUCCAACAGCUGCAGCAGCAGCUGCAUCUCUCAUGUCAUAUGGUGGAACUACAAUUAUGUAGGCAAAGUAAGAGAAAACAAAAGAUGUGUCUUUUAAGGCCUAAUUCUUGAUGAUUUUAUAUGUAAUGUUAUAUUUUAAUAGAAGGUUAAAGGCAGCUUGUAUUUCCCUUUACUUUGCUAAUUCAUGUCGAAAUC